AUGGAUCCUUCAAUAAAAUUAUCUUCGCUCCUUCUUGCUUCGAUUGAGUCUACAGGUCUUGUCAUCGGAAUAGUGCUCAUUGGUUACAUAGGCUCAAGGUCCGGAAUAAUCUCUCAAAAGAUACGAAAGAAUUUAGCACAACUAGUUAUGAAUCUUUUCUUACCGUGUUUAUUAUUCUCCCAAAUUGGAAGUAAUAUAUCAGCUUCGAUGUUAUUAAAUCUAUGGCCAUUAGCAUUCUUUUGUAUAAUAUACAUUGCCAUCGGAACGUUCUUUAGUAAACUCGGUUCAAAACUUUUGAGAUUAAGCUCCUCAAAUAAAAAGUUUGUUGAACGUUCAAUUACGUUUAAUAAUAUAACGAGUUUACCUGUAGGAUUCAUUAAAGUCCUAGCAAACACUAAUGUAAUACGAUUAUUUGCAUGUGAUGAUGAUGAACCGCCUGAGCAAACUGUGACACGUGGUAUUACUUACCUUCUACUAUCUACGCUCUUCGUUUUGAUCACGAGAUGCAUCUUGGAUCUGAUCUUUUCAAAAGAAAAGCUUGUAAAAUUUACCAAAAAUGAUUUAAAAACCUUACCGAUUUAUUAUGACGAAACAACUCCUUUAAUAACGGCUCGAUCUAAAUCCAAAUGUAAAAAAUUAUUUAAAACGCUGAGUAGUGUUAUGAGUCCACCAUUAUAUGCUGGCAUAUUAGCUAUAAUAAUUGGUACAAUUCCUUCACUCAAGAACAUUUUCUUUGAAGAAGCUUCAUUUCACAGGAACAUUACACGCGCAAUGCAAUGUAUAGCAUCAAUGACGGUUCCAUUGACACUUUUAAAUAUUGGUGCACAAUCCGGAUUUGCAACGAACCUCAAAGAACGCGAGACAAUUAAAUCGAUUUCAUUCAUUAUGUCUUGUAGAUUCUUCUUAAUGCCUAUUAUUGGUGGUUUAUUGACUUUAACUGUGAGAAACUGGCUUAUUGAUGAUCCUAUGUUGAUCUUCGUAUUAAUCGCUUUGGCUUGUUGGCCUACCAAUAUUGAUUUUAUGAAUACCGAAAGCAAUACGGCAGCCUUGAUGUUUUAUUCUUAUUUAAUUUUUUCUCCUUUGAUCAUGCUUACGUUGGUUACUAUAUUAAAUUUAGUCAUGAUGACGACUUGA